AUGUAUAUAGUAUUAUCUGUAGGAAUGACUAUAUUGUUAGCAACAGGAACAAUACUCAUUACAUAUCUUCAACAUGCCCGUGGACUGUUUAGAAUUGCUAGUUAUCGUAUGGAGCAUUCAAUAAACAUUAAUAUUCUACAGAAUAUUACGUUAAAAAAUAAAAUUUUUAUGACCGAGAACAUAAUUUGUGCCAUUGAUAUUCAUCGUCAAGCCAUAAAAUUAUGCAAGCAGUUAGUGUCCACACUCGAGAAGUUCAUAUUUUGUUUCACGUUGUGUAUAGUAAUUUGCUUUACUCUCAAUAUGUUUCAACUUUUUCAGAUAGCAUCAUCUGAAAAUAAUUUCACCAAAUUUUUUCUGCCAUUUUUGUACAUGACUGUAAGCCUGGUA